GGUUAUGUAAAAUUAGAACUUAUAUCAUAAGCUUAAGGUUUACCUGUUUACCUGACGGAUAUCUAAAUUAGCUAACUUGUAUAAAAUUGAAUUUCUUGUAAGAGGAUUUAAUCUUUUGUGUUAUCUCAGGGAACCUUAAUUUAUAGAAGAUUAUAAAGAUCUGAUAAGCAAUGCCAUCGAAGAAGGUAAAGAAGUUUGCCAGCGAGCCAGCUGGUAACAAACAUGUCAGCGAAAUAGGGGGUAUUGGGGAAAAAUUCGGCAAACAGUUAGAAGAAGAAGAUUAUGAAUAUGCUAAAGAUCUCCUUAUAGAAUUCAUGCGUUUGGGAGAAACAGAGCAUAGAUUCAAAAGAUUUCUGGGGAAACUUCUUCCUCGAGCCAAUACAAAACACAUUCAAGAUUGUUAUGAGUCAGUGGCAGGUUGGUGCGACAAUUAUCCGAAAGAGAAAUACCUACUGCUGUACCCAAAGCAUGAGUCUGAGGAAUAACACAAGAGAGCACCUGUUUCUCUUGCAUCGGAUGGAUGGCUUCCUAAUAUGCAAGACUUCCACACCUCUGUGACACAUUAGCUCUAUCAACAGUAGCCUUGUCUUGCCAGAGGAUCUGUAAAUAUUGUUUAAACAAAUACAUGACAAUACAUUAAUUAUCUCAAAAUUUUGCAAAAUAUUGUUUUUCUUGUCAUCAGUGUGUGAUUUAUCUUCAUAGUACUCUAACGCUGGAUGAUAUCCUUAGAUGCAUUUGAGUUUUCGCAGGAACCUAGAAAUAUAUGUCAAUUAUAGAAACACUUGUUUCGUUUUGCUGUCAUAACGUUCCUUUAAAUUUUAUUGAUUAGUCAGUUUUACUGACCUAGGUUUGUGACAUCAUGUAAAUAAAUUCAUUUAUUUUUACUGUGUUCCAUAAUAUCCUUAAUACUGAUAAACAGUUAUUUUUAAAAAGAUUGUCCUUGAUUUUUCAAGAAUGUUCUUUUUAUUCAUAGUUUUACUUGAAAGUUCUGGAACAUUCCCUGAUUCUUUAUAUUGAGAAAUGUGUGUUAUAAUAUUAGAACAUAGAAAAUAGAAUUUAUAGAUAUUGAUGAUACUUUCAUGUAUUUCUUAAUAACAAAAUAUUUGAAGGGUAUUUGAAGGAUUUACUAAAAUUUGUGGAUUUAGAAAGUUAUCUUUGAAGAGAGGAAUUAUAAUCACUUUUGGAUAUACUAAAGUUACUUUUGAACUGUGUGAAACAUUGUGGAAUUUAUUCUGAUUUGAUUUAAAUUUGACGUAAACAGACUUUGGACAAUGUUUACUUAAAAGAUUGGAUUUUACGGCUCUGUGACAUUUUUGAAGGUAUUUCUACUUUUUCUUAAAUUCAUAAAUGACAGUUUGUUAUUGUUAAUAGUUGCUGGUUGGUCUUUUUGUUACUUUUAUUUACUGUAAGAAGAAAUUGUUACCCUCUGACGUUACACUAUACUUAGGCAUUUUACGCAAAAACAUUUUGAAAAUGUAUGUCUGUAGUAGAUGUAGCUUUUUCUGCAAAAUUAAUUCACAUCCUAUAAUUAGUCUGUUGAUAUAAUGCAAGAUCCCGUUUCUAUGAUAGCUAUGGUGAUAUAUACCUCACUUUUAUAGCAUCCGAUUUAAACUCUAAAGAAUUAUACAGAAAGACGUGUAAUUUUAAAACAAUGUUAAUAUGCUUAUUCAUAAAGUAUACAAUUCUACAUAGAAUGGUAUGUUAUGGACACAAUGAAACGAUGCAUUGAAAUAAGUGAGGUUACUAAGUAAAAAGUAAUCGUAUGUCCUUCUCUCGUUAUGGUGAGCUAUUGUGGUCAGUGAUUGUCCGUCGUCCGUCCACAUUUUCAUUUGAACAAUUCUUAACUACCAAGCUGAUUUCAAUGAAACUUCGGAAGGAUGUUCCUUGGAUAGUGUUCUUUAAAAAUUGUUAAAAGAUUUGAAUUCUUGUCAGAACUCUUAUUGUCAUGGUAACCGGAAAGAAAAAUUUUCAAAUUAUUUUUGUCUAAACCCACAGAUCCUGGAGCUUUGAUAUCUUGUAUGUAAAAUCAUCUAGGGUUCCUCUACCAAGGUUGCUAAAAUUAUUUAUGAGGGUCAUAUAUGACCCCGCCCUAGGGGACAGAUGGUUUAUAUAGAAUAACAUAACCUUCAAAAUGUUCUUGUUCAAGACCACAGGCCCCAGGGCUCUGAUAUUUGGUAUGCAGCAUCAUCGAGUAGUCCUCUACUAGGCUUAUUAAAAUUAUUCUUCUAGGAUCUAUAAAGGCUCGCCCACUGGGUCACAUAGUUUAUAUAGACGUAUUAAGAGAAAACUUUGAAAAACGAUUUUGUACAAACAAAACCACACGGCAUAGGGCUUUGAUAUUUGGUAAAUAGCAUUGUAUAGUAGUCCUUUGCCGAAUUUGUUCCAAUCAUCUUCCUUGGGUAAACAAUGGCUUCACCCAAAAGGCACACGGUUUACACAGACUUGCAUAGGAAACAUUUCAAAAAUCUUUCAAAAAUCUUAUCUCAAACUGCAAGUUCCUCUACCAAGUUUGUUAACCGUAGCCCAUGGGGUCAAAAUAACAAUGUCUCAGGUUGUCAAAAGACGAAUAAGAAGAAAAAAUUGUCUAAUACUGUAGUAAAUAUUUGAUGUUCAUCAUGGGCAACGAUCAGAAUUCACUUCGAAUUAAAUGGCCAUGACCUUCUGACCUGCUGUCCUGUUUUUGAACUUAAGUAAUGGAGUUUAUGUUAAUAUAAUAUGCAUCUUCACAGUUCUUGAAAUACAAUUUGACUAAAGAUAAUAGUCUUCAUUCAUGUCUCAGAGUUCUUUUUAGUAUGGACGUUUCGUCCCUGCUCUGCAACAAGCAUAAUUUCAACAUCAUUGAAAAAAACGGUUGCAUAUAAUUGUGAACUUUCACCAUUUCUAUGACGCAGUUAUUACUGGAAUAGUACAGAAUUUCGGAUAUUCCAUUAGUAUUGUCUACUGGUAUCUAUAAAAUUACUAUUAUGUCCCUGGGGUUUAAAGUAACCAACAUCCAUGAACCGGCUCAGUCGAACCGUGUCUGCAACAUUUUUAUUUGUGUCGUGUUGUGGUACCUGUGGAGUUUUCAUUUGCUGGCGUCUUUUUAUGUUAUUUAUGUGUUGUGUGGAUAUAUAUCAUAUAUACUUAAAACAUUAUCUUUUUAAAUACAUGAAUAAUCAUCAUAAAAGAAAAUGCUUAA